AUGUCAUUGAACAGCUCCGUUUCUGGAUGGCAUCCCCCCAACUCAACAUGGAUCACGCACCUAGACGACGUCAUCAACGGGACCGGUGUGCACGGCUUUAUCUUCAACGGCUCGCAGCUCCCAGACGGUGUGCCGUACGGCACAUACAACUGGUGCAACAUGCCACACGUCCGGACAUCCGAGUAUCCCAGGGUUUCGAGUGAUGAGUACCAGCUUGAAUAUGUGGAGGUGAUACAUCGCCACCACAAACGGACACCCUACGCCUCGAACACUUUCCCCGUCGAAUCCUACUCGUGGGACUGCUUCGACUCCGGUCUCUUCUACUCUGGCGCACCACUCAACCCCUCGGGCAACGACUCCGCCCGCACUUACUGGAGUGUCUACACCAGUCCCUCCAAUCCCUUUUCCCCCAGUGGCUUCAAUGGAACCUGCCAGUUCCCACAGCUCACACGGGGUGGACUAGACGACUCAUGGCAGCACGGCCGCGACCUCUGGGGCGUGUAUCACGAGUUGCUCGCAUUCCUGCCGUCCGACGACCCGCUCUCCGUCAUGGAGUUCCGCGUCACGAACAACGUCAUUACUUCCCAAGUCGCGUCCAUGCUCAUCGCCGGCAUGCUCUCCCCCUCCUCGUACUCCCCGCAAAACCCCCUAUCGGACUCCACCCCCAUCCCCCUCAAGAUCCAACCCUCCUCAAUCGACUCCCUGGAGCCCUCCUACACCUGCCCCGCCGCAUCCGCCCUGCUCUCCCUCUACGGCCCGGGCAGCACCGCCUCUUCCUGGCAGCAGCACCUCACCGCUUCCCGCGCGCUCGUCGCCGAGCUGGACGCCAUAUCCGGCGUCGCGAGCACCGACAAGGGCUGGCACAAAUCGUGGGACCACUACUUCGACAACCUCUCCGCGCGGCUCUGCCACGCGAAGCCUCUGCCGUGCAACAGCACGACUGGAGAAGAGAAAUGCGUCACUCAAGCCCAAGCCGCCACCGUCUUCCGCCUCGGCCAGUACGAGUACUCGCGUCUCUGGCGCGCGGCGCCCGAAUCCCUCGCCGUGGCGACCGCUGGGUACGGCGUCUGGGUUGCGGAGGUGGCCGAGAAUAUCCGGACUGCCGUUGCUGUUGCUGGCGCUGCUGCUGAAGAAGAAGAAGCUGAAGGGAAGACGAGGGUUAGGUAUAGGCACAACGUCGCGCACGAUGGGAGCGUGUCGCGGCUGCUGGCGGUGCUGCAGGUCGAUGUGAUGGUCUGGCCGGGGAUGGGGUCGGAGAUCGUGUUUGAGGUAUACACUAAGAAAAAGGAAGUGGAAGAAAAGAAAGGAUACGUCAGGGUGUUGUGGGGCGGCCAGGUGCUACGGAGCUCGCACCCGGACCUGGGCGCGCUGGAUAUGCUGGAUGCGGAGGUGCUGCUGGCGUACCUAGAUGGCCUCGUGGGGAAGGGCGCGAGUAAAGUGCCUGGGUUAUGCGGGUUGGAGUAA